ACAGUAGAAGUGGACGCAGUAUUGGGGCGAACGGCCUCCCUGCCGUGUGACGUCACACCGGACACAAACGAGGACCGCGUAUACAUGGUGCUCUGGUUUAGAAAAAGUGGCGGAAAGCCUAUAUACAGUUUCGAUGUGCGAGGCCGAUCCUUCAACAAGGCGCUGCAGUGGUCAGACCCGGGCGCGUUCGGGCCGAGGGCGUACUUCGCGACAGUGGCCCGACCAGCUUCGCUUACCCUGAGCUCGGUGCAGUUGGACGACGAAGGCACGUACAGAUGUCGAGUGGACUUCAAGAACUCGCCUACAAGGAACUUUCAGAUUCGCCUCAUUGUCAUAGUGCCACCACAUCAGAUGUUGCUGUACGACAAGUCGGGAGCAGAUGUUUCGGGCGUCGUAGGGCCCUUAGAAGAAGGAUCAGCUUUAAUAUUAAUCUGUGAAGUUAGAGGAGGUCGGCCAGAACCAAUAGUAACAUGGCUAAUAGAUGGCCUGUCAGCUACACAGUACAUCGGUGAGAAGACAGACACGCACGUGGUGGUAAACAGACUGGAGCUUCAGCACGUGAGAAGAGAAGAUCUCAAUAAGACCUUUAAAUGCAGAGCUGCUAAUACUAACCUUGUAGCGCCUCAGGAGAAAGCUGUGAGACUGGAAAUGAAUCUGGCACCUCUAUCAAUAUCGCUGCUAAGUCGACCUCAGCAACUUCUGGCGGGAUCCGCGGCGACUCUGCGAUGCGUCGCCGAAGGCAGUCGUCCGCCCGCACAAAUAGCGUGGUAUAAAGACAAUAGGAGCUUUGAGAGGGAUAAAGUAACCGACCAUUCAAAUGACACGUGGUCAGUUAGCACGCUGAUCUUCAGUCCCGUGCCAGAAGACCAUGGCGUGACGGUGAAAUGCGUUGCCUCAAACUCCGCCCUGCCGGGGAAAGUAAUUGACGACCAGGUCAAGCUGAACGUAGUAUACAGUCCGUUGGUGACCUUGACCCUGGGCAGUACUCUCAACCCCCACGACAUCAAGGAAGGAGACGACGUUUACUUCGAGUGCACCGUGCGAGCAAACCCCAGGGAGCACAGAAUAUCUUGGUACCAUAAUGAUAGGGCCGUGACGCAGAACAUGACCUCCGGUAUAAUCGUCAGCACGAGGUCACUGGUGAUGCAGGGAGUGACACGGCAAGAAGCAGGACGGUACGCGUGCCGUGCGGCCAAUGCCAGAGGCGAGACAUCGAGCGAUAGUGUCACUCUACGUGUACAAUACGCGCCAGUAUGCGGCAUGACGUCACCGCAGGUGGUCGGGGCGGCGCUUGAUGAAUCGCUGCAUGUGCGAUGCUCGGUGCAUGCGGACCCCGCUGACGUCACGUUCCUUUGGCAGUUCAACAACAGCGGCGAAAGUUUCGACGUCUCUCCAGCGAGAUACGCAACACUAAACGGCAGCACGAGUGAGCUUCGUUACACGCCCGCGAGCGAGAGGGACUACGGCGCGUUGACGUGUCGGGGAACAAACACGGUCGGUCAACAAGCGCAGCCGUGUAUCUUUCAGAUCGUGCCCGCAGCACGCCCGUCUCCACCUCGUAACUGCACAGUCUUUACUGGCAACGAUUCUUCCUGGAUUGAUGAAGCAGCGAAAGAAGAGACCAGCGACUACCUUGAAGUCAGAUGUGUGGCUGGAUAUGAUGGUGGCCUCCCACAGUUGGUUGUGCUGGAAGCUUUGGACUCUAUUACUGGGAGCAUACGGUUCAAUGUCACGGCAAAUGAGACAAAUGGGAUAGCCGUAUUUCUCGUGCCCGCUGAAGUGCUCUGGACGAGUGGCAACGCGUUGCGGCUCAGCGUGUACUCGAGGAACGACAAGGGCUCCUCGGAGAAGAUCGUUAUCCAGGCGCUCUCUUAUCAGGACCCUGAAAGGAGGACAGAUGGGAGUCAUAACCUGAUGGCUGGCAUUUCGAGUGGAGCAUUUUGGGCGAUUGUCCUGACAAUUUCUCUUUGUAUGAGCGUUGCUUUGAUAACAGCACUAGUUUUAAGGAGAAGAAGAGCUCAAUCCGCAAGUAAGCAGCAUGCGUCCGAGCUGCAGCUAAACGCAGGCGAUGGGCAGUACGUCGUCGCUUACACGCUGAAACCGCACAAACAAGCCCAACCGGACAUACUGAACCCUCCACCUGAUGGGAGCCCUCCAGCGAAGAGGGUGGGGCCUGUCAAAAAUGGGGCUCUUCACACGACUGACGAGUGGCCCGACGAGCGCCGAGUUAGUAUAGCGGAUAAAGUGUCAAUAUUAUCAACAAGUACCAUCUCAAGUAAGCCAAUAACAGUGAGUUCUACUGCAAUAAGUAGAAGAGAACAUCUCAUAGCUGAAGAGAUACCUGGACCAGAGAGUUGUGUAUAGGAUAGUUAGUUAAAUUUAGGGUCAAAACAAAAGAAUAUGCUCAAUAUCCACCGCGUACAUAACCUAGAACUAUGUAAGUUAAGUUUAACAUCGCAGCGAGUCUUUUUAGGGUUAUUUUAUCGAAAUUAUUAAAAAAAACUGAAUGGUCAGAGUACUACAGUGGCAGCCGGGCUUAGUACUUUUAUCUUUAUCGAACGUCAAUUCAAUAUUCCAAUGUUUAAAAAUCGACCACAAGGAAUCAAAGGGUAUUUCCCAUGCCCUGCCAUUCCCCGUGUGCUCUGUCCAUUAUGGCUCGCUUUGUCUAUCUGUCACAACUUCAUAGUUUCGUGUACAAGUUACUUGGUUGCGAUCUUACCAACAAUAUGUAUUUAGCCGGGUCCAGAUAUAUACGAGUGAGGAUACAUUUUGAUAUGCGAUGCUUAGUUAUAUACGCGAUACGGUCCGUUCCAUUAUGAAAAUUAAGCUUAAUUUGCUAUACUCUGCGAAA